CCUCUCCCUCAGGCUUUUGUCACUUCAACUCAUUCCCCUCCCCUGCUACACUUGUCUAGGAGGGUCGCAUACCAUCUGCCAGGUGCCAAAAUACCACUGGUGGUACUCUUCAUCUAAUGCAGGGCUUUAUUUGUGGGUAGCUGACAGAAAAUAUCAGAAAUCAUGGCCAUAUGAUUAGAGGGAGGCUGCAAUGGUCACAACUUUGCAAAUAAAACUGGCUGAACAUCAUGGAAAUUUCAAUUCCACAGGAGCAAUAGGUCCUGGAUUUUUUACACAAUUAUUUAAGUUAACAGAGUGAACAAUUAUGAUGUGUACUACAAUCCUUUGGGCUAACUUGAGGUAAACAACUAAACACAAGGAAAGUUUUAAUAGUAUAUAGAUAUGCUCUUGUUUGCAUGAAAAGCUGCCUCUCCUAUUCGCUCAUCCCAACAUCUCUUAUUAUUUAAGCCCUGUUAUAGUGCCAAGAAUGAUAAAUUUACCUAUAGGUUUGUAGAUGAUAUGAAACAAAAAGCUAUGUGGCUGCUUCAUUUCAAGUGCUUUGCUUCAUAUGAAUGGCUGGUAUGCUGGCUCAUUCCCUUUAAUGCAGAGAGAAGUGACUGACCAGUCUUAUUUUUGGCCAUAUAUUGCCACCUUAUAAUCAUCUAUUCUUUUUCUGUUUGCAGGCAAAGCUACAACUUUGUUCAGUUGUCACACAAAGGCAAUUGUGUGGGGAAUGCAGACUCGGGCUGUGCAAGGCAUGCUGGAUUUUGAUUACGUCUGCUCAAGGGAUGAGCCUUCAGUGGCUGCCAUGGUUUAUCCAUUCACAGGUGACCACAGACAAAAAUUUUACUGGGGUCACAAAGAGAUACUCAUUCCUGUAUUCAAGAAUAUGGUAGACGCCAUGAAGAAACACCCAGAAGUGGAUGUGCUGAUCAACUUUGCCUCUCUCCGUUCAGCAUAUGAUAGCACCAUAGAGACUAUGAAUUAUCCUCAGAUCCGUACAGUGGCCAUCAUUGCAGAAGGGAUUCCUGAGGCCCUGACUCGCAGGUUGAUCAAAAUAGCAGAUGGGAAAGGAGUCACAAUUAUUGGACCAGCAACGGUUGGUGGGAUUAAACCCGGCUGCUUUAAGAUUGGAAACACAGGAGGAAUGCUGGAUAACAUUCUGGCAUCCAAGCUGUACCGCCCUGGUAGCGUAGCUUACGUCUCCCGCUCAGGAGGGAUGUCCAAUGAGCUCAACAACAUUAUCUCCAGGACCACAGAUGGAGUCUUUGAAGGUGUAGCCAUUGGUGGAGAUAGAUAUCCUGGUUCUACCUUCAUGGAUCAUGUACUGCGUUACCAGGAUACUCCAGGGGUGAAGAUGAUUGUAGUGUUAGGGGAAAUUGGAGGAAAAGAAGAGUACAAAAUCUGUAAGGGUGUUAAAGAAGGCCGGAUCACUAAACCUGUUGUGUGCUGGUGCAUUGGAACAUGUGCUACUAUGUUCUCUUCGGAGGUACAAUUUGGCCAUGCUGGAGCAUGUGCCAAUCAGGCAUCUGAAACUGCUGUAGCCAAGAAUAAAGCAUUAAAAGAAGUGGGUGUCUUUGUACCCCAAAGCUUUGAUGAGCUGGGUGAUGUAAUCCAGUCAGUGUAUGAGGAUCUGGUUUCUAAGGGAGUAAUUGAGCCAGCACAGGAAGUUCCUCCUCCAACUGUGCCAAUGGAUUACUCAUGGGCAAGGGAGCUUGGUUUAAUUCGGAAACCAGCUUCUUUCAUGACCAGCAUCUGUGAUGAGCGAGGUCAGGAACUGAUCUAUGCAGGCAUGCCAAUUACCGAGGUCUUCAAGGAAGAGAUAGGAAUUGGUGGUGUCUUGGGUCUUUUGUGGUUCCAGAGAAGGUUGCCUAAAUAUGCCUGCCAGUUUAUAGAGAUGUGUCUGAUGGUGACAGCUGAUCAUGGUCCAGCAGUGUCAGGAGCCCAUAAUACUAUUGUCUGUGCAAGAGCUGGAAAGGACCUUGUCUCCAGUCUCACAUCAGGCCUACUCACAAUUGGUGAUCGUUUUGGUGGCGCUUUGGAUGCAGCAGCAAAAAUGUUCAGCAAAGCAUUUGACAGUGGCAUCAUUCCCAUGGAAUUUGUGAACAAGAUGAAAAAGGAAGGGAAACUAAUCAUGGGCAUUGGCCACCGAGUUAAAUCAAUCAACAAUCCAGAUAUGAGAGUUCAGAUCCUUAAAGGUUAUGUGAAGCAGCAUUUCCCUGCAACGCCUCUUCUAGAUUAUGCACUGGAAGUGGAAAAAAUUACUACUUCCAAGAAACCUAACCUUAUCCUGAAUGUUGACGGAUUUAUUGGUGUAGCCUUUGUUGACGUACUUAGGAACUGUGGUUCUUUUACACGGGAAGAAGCUGAUGAGUAUAUUGACAUUGGUGCCCUCAAUGGCAUUUUUGUGCUUGGCAGAAGCAUGGGUUUCAUUGGACAUUACCUGGAUCAGAAAAGAUUGAAACAAGGUCUAUAUCGUCAUCCUUGGGACGAUAUCUCUUAUGUCUUACCGGAGCAUAUGACUAUGUGAUAACUGAAUGGAACAAAUCAAAUUGCUUUUAUGGAAGACCAAUAAAUAUGACUACACAAUAUGCCUUGGUUGUGAAACAGACUAAGUUGAAAUUCUAUAUAAGGCAGUCUUUUCUAGGGUUAGAUGUGGAUUCCAUAAAUAAUGAUAAACCAAAAUAUUCGCUACUUCCUGUUGUAUUUAAUAUAUUAAAGAAGUUGCACUGUCUUUGCUUGUUCCUUUAUGCAUGUUUAUUUUGUCUCCAUCCCUUCACUUCAGUAAUUCUGGCCAAAUGUUAAUGUUUUUUAUUUUAAUAUGUGACUUCAUUAGACUUGAAAAGCUAGAGAGAGUCAAUGUACCUGUAUGAUCAAAUCUUAAAAGUCUCCUUGCGAGCUGUGUAUAAUUUUAUGACAAAUUUGUCCUCUCUGUAUCCUGUAUUUUAUAUUAAUCAUUAGCCUUUAUUUCUGAUCUGAGGGACUACACCUGAUUUGACAAGCCUUUAUAAAUCUAGUAUAAUAUUUAAAAAUGUAAAACUGAUAACAUAAGCUCAUAUUCAAAACUGUGAACUUUGUGUGCAUUCCAAUUUUUGUAUUUAUGCAGGUAAUAUUUUUAGUUGUCACAAACACAAGUCCUACUAUUUUUGCACAGGGUGAUAUCUGAAUAUAUCUGUGCGCAUAAGACACUUCAUCUCUGGAUCUCUAAUGUAUUCACAACAAUAUUCAGUGCUUCAUUUAUGUAUUACAACAUGACUUAAAUAAAAAUAUACAAUAAUAAA